GCGACGUGACCCGCAGAGCUCCUCAGUGAGGCAAUAGCACGUCAGCGGGACAGAGGCCGAGUGUAGUCCACAGUUGAUCUUAUUACCACAAGACUGGAAUUACCCGACAACAUUAAAGACACGCACACUUUUACGGUGAAGCAGUGUCCCGUUCAGAAAGGAGAAGACGCUGUCCUGUCGCUCUGACGUUUGCCAUUACCAACGCACUCCCGCUAGCCGUGGCAGCUAGCGCGAGCUAGCUAAGUUAGCUGUUACAUACCCUCGCUUUUACCACGCAGCUGACCUCCACCACAACACAGACCUGCUGAGUAACAUUUGCUUGCUACGACGGGGUCGACAUUCCCCCGUCUCUUCACUUACGUUCCCGUUGCCCCCUGUGUGGUGCCCCGUGGACGGUUCCCGAAUAUGAUCCACAAUGAGUCAAAGAGAUACCUUAGUUCAUCUGUUUGCUGGAGGAUGUGGGGGCACGGUAGGAGCCAUAUUGACUUGUCCACUGGAAGUAGUGAAGACCCGUCUCCAGUCAUCCUCCAUCACCCUCUAUGUGUCUGAGGUUCAGCUCAGCACUGUCAAUGGGGCCAGCGUGGCCCGCGUGUCUCCACCGGGCCCCCUGCACUGUCUCAAAUUGAUAUUGGAGAAAGAGGGACCUCGCUCUCUCUUCAGAGGCUUGGGGCCAAAUUUGGUGGGUGUGGCACCUUCCAGAGCAAUCUACUUUGCUGCUUACUCCACUGCCAAAGAGAAACUGAACGGCGUGUUGGAACCUGACUCCACACAGGUGCACAUGGUGUCGGCUGGAAUGGCAGGUUUUACAGCCAUCACUGCAACCAAUCCAAUAUGGCUCAUAAAGACGCGUCUACAGCUGGAUGCAAGGAAUCGAGGCGAGCGAAGGAUGAGCGCUUUCGAGUGCGUGCGUCAGGUGUAUCAGACAGACGGCUUUCGGGGCUUUUACAGAGGGAUGUCGGCAUCCUACGCCGGCAUCUCAGAGACUGUGAUCCACUUUGUGAUCUAUGAAAACAUUAAACGGCGCCUCCUGGAGGCCAAGGCACCACAGAAUAUGGACGAGGAGGAGGAUUUGACAAAAGAUGCUUCAGACUUUGUGGGGAUGAUGCUUGCUGCUGCCACCUCCAAGACUUGUGCCACAUCUAUUGCUUACCCUCAUGAAGUGAUUCGCACGAGACUACGCGAAGAAGGCACCAAGUACCGCUCUUUCUUCCAGACUCUAACGACAGUGCCCAAAGAGGAGGGCUUCCGCGCCCUGUACCGCGGUCUCACCACCCACCUGGUACGCCAGAUACCCAACACGGGCAUCAUGAUGUGCACCUACGAGCUGGUAGUCUACCUCCUGAACGGUUAAAGUCUCCCCACCUCACCCCUUCCUUUGAGACACUUUAUGUAACACUGCGCCCAUUUGGAGAAAGGAGACCCAGAGCACCUGCACACCAGCUAGCACAGCUAACAGCCUGCUUCCGGAGACAACACCUCAACUGCUGUCUCGGUGACACAAGACAACAUGAGCGGUCGUUCAUUAAAAAAGUCUGGAGUUUUGAUGUAUAGAUAAAGAAGGAGUGUCAGAAAGAUCUUUGCGUUGGUUUGGGCAUCGAGGUUUAGCAGUGGCAAAGAAGUAGAUCCCCUAUUUUCACUUUUAUUCCAUCCUUUUCUCCAUUCUGAUGUAAACUUCCUUCCUUAUGAAGAAAGAAGCUAACUUCCAGUAUAUUCUGUCUCUUAACAUUACUAAUAAUGAAGCUCCGUAAUACCGAGUGAGCAUAGGACCAUCUUAAGUAGAAAGCUUAGAUCCAAUCCUCAUGAUCGCUUUCUUUUAAAAACAGUUUAGCUCUAGUGCAUAGUACUCCACAUAUCCCUCAGAGAACCAGCAGAAAUGCAGAAUACAAAGGCCCCGAAGUUGAUAGCUUAUCUCGAUGUGCAUCACAGAGGUUCUGAGAGCGAGGAGGAAUCAGGGGUUUGUGGCUCACAGAGGGAGGUGGAUGGAAGAAGACGUGCCUUGUGUGAAGACUGUUGAGCAGCUGGAGAUGCAUCUCUGGCUGAUCUAUAACAACAAAAAGUCAAGUCAUACACUGGUGUUGUUUGAUUUCAGGUGCCCCUCAGUCACCGUUUUACAUAUCAUGAAGGUAAAUGCAGUCACCUGCUGGUUUUCAGCGUCCCUCACACUGACUCUGAUAUCAUCCAAUUGGUUCAAUUCUGUAAACUCACCAAACUAAACAACAGUAUAGUCCACUGCUCUAACUGCUGCUGUGGUUCAUGGUGUGAAGUAAAAACCAGUAGAGGUAACUAAGCUUAACAGACUGUGACAUAGAUGCAGAUAAAUAAAUGAAAUAACUACCUAACGUGAUUGUAUUUGUCGGGCCAAUUUAGUCGAGAUGCAGACGUGUAGUGUGUUUUCUUUACUGGAGCACAUGGUAGUUGUUACCAUUCUCUCAGAAAACGUUAUUGUUCUAAUAGCGGCUUUUCUUUCUCCAUAGUGCUCAUCUCAUUGUAUUAUAAUUGUUUUUUCCCUUAGCUGGAAAAUCCAGGCUAGUUUUCCUGGCGAGGACAAUCCUCUUGAGUUUACACUGGAACACUUGUUGUACAGCUUAGCCAGCACGUGGAGGAGGUUGGCCAGGAAUAUUCUGUGUCAUAAAACACACAUUAAUUAACUGCAGUUUAAAAACAAAAAAGAAGUUUGUUUUUGUUGAUUCCCUAUGAUUUUUUUUUCAGUUGUUUUCAACCAGUUAGAAAAAUCAAACUUUUUUUUGGGUGAGUGUGACCAGAGGGUCAGUGUGUUUUAUGUCUUCUGUGGAAACCUUUGGGUUUUGCUUUUUUUGUUUUGUUUUGUUUUUUUGUGGCAUCUUUGUUUAAACAUUACAAACAAUACAGUGUUUUUUUUUGUUUUUCUUGUUUUGUUUUGGUUUUUUUGCUGUGAUUGUAUUUAUCCCGUUAACUUUCCUCCUGUUGUGACCCUGCUAAACGGUAAUUCAGCCCACGACGCUAACAACGCGCAUCUCGCUUUACGACCAUGGCCCCACCCUUCAGAUGUCUUUAUCCAAACACUUCACCGCUCAGCUCUUGGUUUUACAGCACGCACAAAGGAUGCUCUAGACUCUUCUUUAGACUCUCUGUGUUAAAGUGUAGAGAGAGAGUGUGUGUGUGUGUGUGUGUGUGUGUGUGUGUGUGUGUGUGUGUGUGUGUGUGUGUGUGUGUACGGGUUCGUACUAUCCUGGUGGGGACCAAAAUCUGACUUUUACUAUCCUGGUGGGGACUUUCUGCACCGUGGGGACCAAAAUCCAGGUCCCCUCGGGGUUGAAAGCAAUUUUCACACUCAAAAUGCGGUUUUACUGUCAGGGUUACAAUUAGGUUAUGGUUAGGUUUAGGGUAAGGGUUAGGGUUAGGCAUUCAUUUUUAAUGGUUAGGGUUAGGGUAAGGGGCUAGGGAAAGCAUUAUGUCAAUGGGAUGUCCCCACGAGGAUAGCAAACCAGACAUGUGUGUGUGUGUGUGUGUGUGUGUGUGUGUGUGUGUGGCAUACAGUACCAUCAGCACACACUCUUGAUGUCGUGCAAAUCCACAGGUGAUCUGUUGCUGCUAGUAGCGAUCGGACAGUUGCGUAUCAUGGUGCUGGCUUCACUCACGUGGAUUUUAUCUGGACAGAUAGUGUGAGCUGAUUGUACCUAACCCGAUUAAAGGGUCAUUUCAUUCAAAUAAGAGAAAAUCUUUCCUCAUCUUUCCCCCUGACUCCUAAAAAUCUGGAGCGUAAAAGUGCUAACGAUGAGUACAUUUUAUUUUAUUUUUUAAACUUCGGGUGAUGUGACCCUGUACAUGUGCAUUUCUAAGCAUCUCUUCAUGUUAUUUGUCAGAUGAACCAAUCUUGCUUUGUUAUUCCUCAACCCCCACACAUUUGCAUUAUGUACCAGUGAGUGUGUGUGGGGGGGUUUUGUUUUUUUUGUUUUUGUUUUUUUUUGCGUGCGCUUGCCCAGAUCAGAUUCCCAUGUGUGUCAUUCAGUUGUAUUGUGUGAGCGAGAGACCUGCAAACAGUGUUGUUGUUGUUUUUUUUUGUUUGUUUUUUAAGUUAAUCACUUGAAAUUUUUGCCUUUUCCUGACGCUCUUUGUUGUGUUGCUCCAUGUUGUCCUUGAUGAGUCGGCUGUGAGUGCGACUCACUAUGCAUUCUCUCAUAACUGUUUUUGUAAAACAAAGUGUCAAUAAACCGGAAGGAGUGCAAAUGUA